GGCGGGACGCGGAACAGAGGCAUGGAACAACAUACGUCGGGGAAUCGCGAGUCCCGGGCCCGGCCGAGAGAGCGGGACCCAGACCGGCACCCCCGCCCGGACCGAGAACGCCACCCCGAGAGACAGCGGGACAGAGCCGGGGACCGGCGCAGGGAGAGAAACGGGGGCGGGCGGAAGGACGAGGACCGGGAUAGGGGGAGGGACCGGGAACUCCGCCAGGACAGACACAGGGCCGGGGACCAUCGUGGCGGUGAACAAAGAGUUUGGGAACAAUCCCGCCAGAGUCGGACGCGGGACGGACCCCGGCGGCCGACCUGGGACGCGGCCCCGCCCCUCUGGCCCGCGCCUUGGGAAACCGCGGAGCCACCGCCCCUGCGGAAGGAGGGCCUCGGACGCCGAGGACCAGAAAGGCCUGGAGUACAGGAAGUGGAAUAUUACCAGUCAGAGGCUGAAGGGCUCCUGGAAUGCCACAAGUGCAGAUACCUGUGCACCGCGAGAGGUGUGAUACAGAUAGUGGAGGUGAUAUUGAAUGGGAUGGUUCUCAUGUGUAUCGUGGCCUCCUACUUUGUCCUUGCUGGAUUCAGUGCCAGCUUUGCCAGCGGCGGUGGCUUUGGGAACGGCUAUUACUCACCGUUUGAGGGCACUGAGCUGGAGCAGGUUCGGCAGCUGGACCAGCAGUACACGAUCCUCCGGGCGCCCCUGAUAUACAGCGGCGUGGCUGUUUCUCUGGGGCUGGGUGUCCUCACCUUGGGUGUUUUACUCCAAGGAGCCAAGAGUCUAAACAAACUGCCGGGGAAGUGGCUCCUCUUUGAGGCCGCCUUCAGCCUCCUCGCGGCAUUGGGCUACUGCGUAGGCAUCGGCCUUUACCUCCAUGAGGCCUUGCGGAUCAAUGCCACAGACACCUGCAGGACAAGAGAGAGGGUCUAUGCCCGCAGGGGUCUCACCUGGAUGAACUGCCAGCUGGCAGGCACUGAUGGAGCAGCAGCCACCUUUGCUUGUCUUCUGGUGGUGAUGUAUGGCGCCAGCGUGGUGCUGGCCCUGCGGAGCUACCGAGAACAGAAGCACUACAAGGACAGCCAAGAACAGCACAGCAAUUAUAAUGACGCACCAGAAUACCUGUGGUCUGGGAUACUCUGAGAUCUACUACUGGAACCUAAAAGUCAACCCAGCUUCCUUAUUUCUCUCAAAAACCACAUUACAUAAAUGUGGUUUUCAUGUACUUGAUUUUAUAAAUGUUCCCUUUGGCACCAGUGCAAAGCUAGAUGAUCAUCCCAUUUUUCUAUCAAUGUCUUUGUUGGCUGAGAGCUAGAAAAAAAUACCUCCACCUUCGCUACAAAGAUCAACAUUGGAAGUUUGCAUAUACGCUUAUGGUUUGACUCUCUUACCAAAUGGUAAGGUAAUAAUACUAAGUAGCCAGAGAAAUUCUGAAAGAUGAGAACAACACAUCAGGGGUAGCAGGCCCAGUGUUACAGUGGAAAUAGCUUGCCUGACCAAACUAAAGUCACUAAGAAAAACAUGCCGUUUCCCCCUGUAUUUGAUCCCAGGGGAAUGAUUAUAAAGCAUUUGUGUGGUUAGAUUCCAAAUGAGUAAUUACAUUCUGGCUCUCUCCUGGAAGAAAACUCUCCUGCCCAUUCGACAGUAUACCAUGACUGCAUGGGUCCCAGAGGUUGGAUCCCUGAAACCUGAAGACAGGUAGGUGCUUUUAGCAUGCAUGUUCCUCCUCGGGAUUCCUGGGGUAGGGCUCAGAUAAAAUGGUUUUUGCCACCUUUCCAAGCUAGUUGCUUUCUUGUUUCAAGUCACUUGAUUGGAAUUCACUUUCCUGAAAUAUUUUAUAAUUUCCUGAAAUAUGACGCCUCCAAAUAGUGAGAAAUAAAAUUCAUAAACUUCUUAAACGUGUUAUUCAGCUGAGUACAAAGAUAAAGCAGUUGAUUUUACUAGACUAUACAGGCAUUUUGGAGCCUUCUUUGUUUCUGCAUCCCUUCCAGCGCCCUACAGAGUAGGCCUUCAAAGGUCGAUUGUAAUCUCUCACAAUUCUGAAUUGUUUCCAUAAUGUAACAGAUCAUUAACACUGAAUCUCAAAAAUAAAGUUCUUUCAGUAAUUUUAACCUAAAGUUUUAUAGCUGUGCUUAUACUUUACAAUUAGUCUCAGAUAUUCCGUUCAUGUAAGAUGCAACUAGAAAUAUACAUGUUCUUAUUAUAAAGGGUAGUUUUUCUAGUUGCCAUCUUUUUUAAUAACAUUGUUUUAUUUUCAUAUUAUAAAUGAGACUAAACUACUAAUAAGUUCAAACCAAAUUUUUAGUACACUUCUAAAAACAGCAAUUUUGACAGAAAUCUCAGACUGUCUAUACAGUUAGUAAGAAAUCAGCAAACGUAAGCCCGUUUCAAUGUAUGCCAAAGUGGCUAUUAAAAAAAUUCAGUCAAUGUCAUUUUCCUCUGAUGUGUGUUGGCCAUUUUUACCCCUGCAUGUUUGCUGACUCUUUUCUCUGGAAUAUAUUACCUUUCCUCUCUCCUCUUAAAUCCUUCCUAUUGCUAGUUCUUAUAGAACCUAUCCAAGGUGAAGGAUCAAAACUAAACCUCAAACAGAAAUGAGAAAAUAUCUAGAUUCUACUUUUACAAAAAGUAAAGCUUGGAGGAAAACAACAACUAGAAGUCUACACUGCUAGCUUAAAAUACAAACACCAGUGCCACAGAAAGCCGCUUCUGCUCACCACCUUAGCCCGAGGCAGUGGCUGGAGUCCCGCAGAGUUUUCACUGAGUGGUAAGACAAGUCUAACAGCAGCAAAAAUCAAACAACCCAUUUCCCACCCGAACCCCCCCAAAAAAACUUCCCAACACACACUAUUCUCACCUAGGAUUUAUUCCCUGAAACAUACCCUGAGUAGAGCUUUGCCCGUGUCUGGGUCCGGGGCUUGGAAAAAUGAGGACUUUGGCCACUGCGACCCCUGUGUGGUGCACUGGUCCAGCUCAGCUCCUCUCAAAUCACUGUAGCGACAUUCAAAAUGCCUUAGCAAAACUUGCCUUAGUUACUACCACUUGGCAGGUUGGCAGGUCAAGAUUUCUUACUCACAUUUUACAGAUGAAAUGAAGGUUCAAGAAGGCUAAGUGGCUCGCCCAAUGGUUGACAUUUCAUUGACUGCUCACUGUGUCGGGUCCAGUACUGAGCUAAGGAAGCAUUUGUUGACAUCAUCUCAUUUUAGCUCACAGCUGUUGAGAGAGAGACUAUUAUCUCCAUUUAACAAUCGAGAAAAAAACACCUGCCUUGGAGAGGUGACCUUAACUAAAGUCAAAUCUUUUUAAGUAGCAGAGGAAAAACUCAGACCCAGUGAAUCACACACGGGAACGUGUUCUGAGUGACUAACGUGCUCUUGUGGUGCGCGAUGUACCAGGGAGACAAUAUCACACGAAGGAGAGAACACACUCAGAGAAGUUCACUUCUGCCACCCUGUAGGCAGGUGUGCGUGUCAUGGAACCGAGGUAUGAAAGUAGAUGGUGGCAUUGAGCCCAGCACAUUGGAGGUGCUCAAGGAACAGUUGGUGAACCAAGUUUUCAAAAUUUCAUUCUGCUAAACGAGGAGGACACCUGCAAAAUGAUUUCAACUGGGCCUUUAUUUGGAGUGAGAGGUAGCUAAUCUUGCUUGGAAGUCCAGAGAUUAUGGGAGACAACCAAUGGGGAGAGAGGAGGGGAACAAUUUAGAGGCUUAGCUAGAUUAGACGUACUGUGUGAGCCAAAACUCACCACUGUCUUAAAUUCUAACACCAAAGCCAUUAGGACAGACAAGGUGGCCAGAUUACCCACCUAGUUCCUCUGUAUCACUGGUAGUUCUGUGGUUUGUUUAAGAGGAGCUGUAGGUUAUUUACAAAUUAAGUUCCCUCUAGUCAGCUAAUAACCUGCAUGGAAAUAAGGACCAUGCUUCCUGUCUUUGGGAUUUCUUUAAACAUAUAAACCAAGUUAGAAUAUAAUAUUUCUUAAUGUAAAAAAUCUUUAUUGCUAUUUCAGCUUAAAUGGUGAUCAAAAAUAUUUAUUCUUGCCUUAACUCAUAGCUUCAUAGAGUGUUAUGGAAUGUGGUUUCAUUUGUUAUCUUCCCCUACAACAAGAAAAAGCAGAAAAAUCCUAAAG